AUAUUCUGUAUUUCAAUAUUCGACGUCAGGUCGAACAUAGACCUACUUAGCAGUAGGUUACCUUGUAAGCUAAUGGUAGCUAAAUAACAUUAGCAUCAGGACAACGUUACAUUUGAGCAUCGUAAACUAGCUUCGUGGUAAAUUAAAUCAAACGUUCAGCAUACCGGCUGUCAGAUGUGACUACAUAUUAAGCGAUAAACAGUAUGCGGGGGUAGGUGUGUGCCGCCGUGUGUGUUGGUUUACUGAGUGGCCUUGUUGGCCACGUUGCAGACAAUCACCUGUUAAUUCGCACUAACUUUAGCUACUAAGUUAUUUACGGUAGCACAACUUGGCAGCUCAAAUCUAAACAGGUGCUGAUAAAAGGGAGAGAAACGAGCUGAAGUCGCCCCCGGACCCGUGGAUUUGCCUCUGGGUGCAGUGUCGCUCACCAUGUUGGUCACGGCGUACCUCGCCAUCGUCGUCCUGCUCGCCCUGUGCGUGGCCUUGGAGCUCACAGCCCGCCGCCUCACGCCCCCCCAGGCCGCCUCCACGGCCGUGGCCAACCCGGCGUUCCGUCGCUUCCAGGCCGUCUUCCUGCGGGCGUACCUCCUGGCUCUGUGGGCAGACUGGCUGCAGGGUCCCUACCUCUACAAGCUGUACCGGCACUACAGCUUCCUGGAGUCGCAGAUCGCCAUCCUCUACGUGUGCGGCCUGGCGGCCUGCGUGCUGUUUGCGCCCUUCUCCAGCUGGCUGCCUCAGGUCCUGGGCCGCAGACAGACAUGUCUGCUCUUCUGCCUGUCCUACUCCGCUUGUUGUCUCACCAAGCUGUCCAGAGACUACUUUGUUCUGAUUGUGGGCCGUGUGCUGGGGGGUCUGUCCACAUCUCUGCUGGCCACCACAUUUGAAGCCUGGUAUGUCCAUCAGCAUGUGGACGUCCAUGACUUCCCCAAGGAGUGGAUCCCGACAACGUUCGCAAAAGCAGCUACCUGGAACCACGGACUGGCUGUGGGAGCAGGGCUGAUAGCCAACCUACUGGCCGAGUGGCUCCACCUGGGCCCGGUGGCUCCCUUUCUCCUUGCGGUCCCCUGCCUGAUGUGUUGUGCCUGGCUGGUGCUAACAGACUGGGGGAAGGAAGAGGCUGAAGGAGGUCCCGAAGUGGAGAAACAGACAUUACUGCUUGGCCAACAGAAUGGCGGUGCGACCCGUUUGUCCGCAAAGGCCCGGUUCUCACGGAGCUGUCAUGACGGGCUGCGCUGCCUGCUCUCAGACAGGAGAGUGCUGCUGUUGGGUGGAGUGCAGGCUCUGUUUGAAAGCGUCCUCUACAUUUUUGUGUUCUUGUGGACCCCAGUACUGGACCCUCAUGGACCUCCCUUAGGAAUAGUGUUUUCCUGCCUAAUGGCUGCUAGUAUGGCUGGCUCCUUGUUGUACCGCCUAGCCACCUCCACCCACUACCACCUCCAACCUGUCCACGUGCUGUGCCUGGCUGUGCUGAUGGCCUUCUUCUCCUUCUUCAUGCUGACUUUUUCCACCGCUGCAGGUCAGCCUAGAGCUCAUGAAUCUUUUCUUGCCUUCCUGCUGCUGGAGCUGGCCUGUGGCCUCUACUUCCCUGCAGUCAGCUUCCUCCAGGGCAGGGUGAUCCCAGAGGAGAAGCGGGCAGGUGUGCUGGCCUGGUUCCGGCUGCCUCUCCACCUGCUGGCUUGCCUUGGGCUGCUGGCCCUGCACGGGGAGGUCUCCGGCACGGGUGGAGGAGAGGGUGGCAGCGGCACCAGACACAUGUUUGGAGGCUGCGCAGUCAUGAUGCUGACGGCUUUGAUGGCGGUCGUCAGCCUGUUCACCCUGGGCAGAAAUGACACGGACCUGCGGCUGGAGGGAAACCGAGGGGAGGCGGACAUGUUCUGAGGAGCUGGGCCACACACACAGUAAAAUACAGGAAUAGUUAGAAGUAUUUUUGCCAAACAUCAAUGAAGAAAAUCAAAGACCAACAUUUCUUUUUACUCAUUUAACUAUUGUUAAACUUGUUUUACUUACCUUCUUCGACACUUUGGGAUCUUGGCAUAAUGUCCCUUUAAUUUGUCAGAUAAAUCGCUGGGAUCAGUUGUAUAAAACUUUAUCAUUCCAUUAAUAUUUUCAGAUGUUGUUGCUUUGGUUUGUGCAGCUCUAAGAAAAGGGGCCAUGUUGAAACAACAUGGACAGUCAACUGAAUGAGUAUCCAAAGAAAUCCAGUCAUAAUCAGCAUGUGAAUGUCAGUUCUCACCAUGUUUCUUUGACUUUUUACUCUUUAUUUAAAUAAAACUGUAGGUCAGUUUUUCUCUGCUGUGUUUGCACCAUGUACAAGGUUUUUCUGUACUCUCAAGGUUUCCAGCAUUCUAACAUUUUGAAAUAAAAAUGCAUGUGAUGUGUAUGUUUUAUAUUGA